ACAAAAAUGCCACUCUCAAAUGCAACGGACGCGCUAAAACAAAAGUUUUAUCUGGGAAACAUGAAAUUCAGAGUACGACAGACCACACCCAUAUGCCAGAUCCGUGGGCUGCUGAAGUAUGCCAGUACAAAUCGGCGUUGAAAAGGAAAGCUCGAGAAGGCACCGAACGACCAGAAAAGAUCAUUCGAUUAUGCGCGGCCGAUGCACCAAUCGAGGUUCAAACUGCUUUGUCCAAAACCGCGCAGAGGCGAAUUUGUCAACGGGAACGAGGAUAUAAUUUACCUUUUGAUCCGGAAGAUCCAUCAAAAAUUGAUAAGGAGUUCACUCAUACCUUCGACGGUAGACCAUUUCUGCUAAAAAAUGUCGAAUUCGACGAUGGCCGAAUUAUGCUUUUUUCAACCUCUAUCCAUUUAGAGAAGCUUGGCGAAUCAGAAGUUCUUAUCAUGGAUGGGACCUUUUCGUCGGCACCAGCAAAUUUCAAACAAAUUUUUACGAUUCAUGGCGUGUUGAAAAAUCUAAACGGUAACGUUUUCGUGCCGCUUGCUUAUUUUUUGCCAGCGAACAAAAAAGAAGCAACUUACGAAAAGGCAUUCAAGCUGCUUAAACGCGCAGCAAAAGAAUUAAAGAUCAAGAUUGAUCCUACGGUUAUAUUGACUGAUUUCGAGACUGCUGAGAUUAAUGCAGUGACGAGCAUUUUCCCGGAUGCCUCCAAGCGCGGAUGCAAUUUCCACCUAGCCAAGAAUAUGUGGAAGCAUAUUCAAAAGUUGGGACUUGUCAGCACAUAUAAUAAAUCCAUCAAAUGCCAUAUGGCAUUUAGGCAGACAGAGGUUUUGGCGUUUUUGCAAUCGCAAGAAGUUGAACAAGGUCUAGCCGCCAUCCGUGCUUCAUCACCGAUUUCCAUGAAACCAUUCUUCGACUAUUUCGAAAAAACAUAUGUUUUAGGAAAACUAAAACCGAAUGGACGUCGAGGAAAACCUCGAUUUGCUCCUGCAUUCUGGUCGGUGGCGGCAAGUACCGAAGAUGGCCUGCCGAGAACAUCGAAUGCCGUAGAAGGUUGGCAUAAUAAGUUUGCAGGACUCUUCAAAGACAAAACGAACUUCAAAUUCUAUGAAGUGUUACGGGCUUUCCAGCAGGAGGAGAAAGAAACAUCUGCAAAGUUUCUGCGCAAUCUGCAAGGCGAUUCCUAG